AUCAGCACCACAGGAUUUCAAUUGAAAAGACAUACAAAUGCAUACAAAAAUAGCUACAUUUUUAGCACAAUUGAUCCACUACAUUUUCUUGGAAUUCAAACCAAUAUCCAAUUAGGAAACAUGGCCGCGACACAAGCUUCGAUUGCCGCUUUCCGGCCAUGCGCAUCGAAAACCCGGUUUUUGAGUGGAUCAUCUGGGAAACUGAGCAGGGAAGUGUCGGUUAAACCCGCAACUUCUUCGUCCUACAACUCAUUCAAAGUCGAAGCCAAGAAAGGCGAGUGGCUACCCGGCUUGGUCUCUCCCGGUUAUCUUGAUGGCAGUCUUCCUGGUGACAACGGAUUUGAUCCAUUGGGACUAGCUGAGGAUCCAGAGAAUUUGAAAUGGUUUGUUCAGGCAGAGCUAGUAAAUAGCAGGUGGGCAAUGUUGGGUGUUGCCGGAAUGCUGUUGCCUGAAGUUUUCACCAAGAUUGGCAUCAUUAAUGUUCCCGAAUGGUACAAUGCUGGAAAAUCCGAGUACUUCGCCUCAUCCUCGACCCUUUUGGUGAUUGAGUUCAUUUUGUUUCACUAUGUCGAGAUCAGAAGGUGGCAAGACAUCAAGAACCCUGGAAGUGUGAACCAAGAUCCCAUUUUCAAGAACUAUAGCUUGCCUCCAAAUGAAGUUGGAUACCCUGGUGGCAUUUUCAACCCCUUGAACUUCACCCCAACCGAAGAGGCCAAGGAGAAAGAGCUUGCAAAUGGGAGAUUGGCAAUGUUGGCAUUCUUGGGAUUUGUGGUUCAGCACAAUGUGACUGGGAAGGGACCAUUUGAGAACUUGUUGCAGCACCUCUCAGACCCAUGGCACAACACAAUUAUUCAGACAUUCAGCAGUUAAUUUUUUACAUAUUGGAGAAGAAAAUGAAAUGAAAUGAAAGAUCAUCUUUCUUAUGUUUAAUCUUGAGUGAAUUGUUUCGACCUUGAUUUGAUCUGAAUUUGUAAACAACGAGCCUUCAAUGUACAGGGAACUAAAAUGGCA